AAUUCGUAUGUUUCAAUUGUUUAAUCAAAAGUCCACUCGUCUAUAAUACCCCAAUCAAAGGGUAUGUAAGUAAACUCACCAAAAGCAAUGGCGAACUCUUUGUAUAAAUUUCACGGAUGGCGAGAUGGGUCCAACAUUUUUGCUCGUCUGGCUGCUCUGCCGGCCGCAAUUUCCACUGCUCAUUUGCAUUUUUAAUGACACCAUAUAAAUCGGCAAAGAGGAUACAGUGUGCGUAAGUACGACGGCAAAUUAUGAUCCCGAAGCAAAGUUUUUAUUUCCUCCUUUCCACACAUGAGCAUAUCAGAGAAACAAAAUAUACAUUCGAGUAUGUUAUGUACACGCUUUUCCCAGGUCUCGUCUUUCAGAUUUUAAACGCAAUUGUCCCAAGAGCUCGUCGCUUAUCACGACAGGGAAUUUGUGUAAGCAAUAAAUGCAUCGCAUAAUUUACAUAGCCCGAUUUAUUCGGGACUUAAGAGCUUAUUCCAAUUCGGCGCUUCAAUCAUUCUGACCAGCUGCCAGCCUCAAGACAAUCCCCGUCUUGUGGUCUGGCAACCCUGGUAGAUUUAUGUGACCGCAAAAGUUUGCAGCAGAGCAUAAAUUAAUGUUUAAUUGAUGAAUUUAUAUGAGCCUGUGGUCUAAGCGCAUUUUUGCUUCAUUUGAAUAGUUUUCAUCAAGUAAAAUAAUAAUUGGUAGAUGUGCCAAAUUUCUGAGACAGAUAGUUAUUUAAAUUUGGCUAUACUUAAAAGUUAAAAUUUUUUUUAUAUAUUUUAUAUAUAUUGAAUAAACGCAUUAAGCAAAUAAUGAACUGAAUAAAAAGUAGCGCUUUAAAUUCAAAUUAACUAAGCAAGCAGUUCAAUUAAAAAGAUGUGCGUUGUUUCCAAGCAGUUGAAAAUGUAGUGCAAGCAGUUUCUGUUCAACUGCUUCGUUGCAGAGCAAGUGGUUUACCAGUAGCUCUCUAACUUUAACAAAACUCCCGAAAGUAUGCAAUGGAAUAGGAAUUAACUAGUCAAAUUGUGAGCGAUGAUGAAAAAGGAAACUAUCCUAUAAAUAAAAAUAAUAACAGCUAAGGAUGCGAAAGCCAAGCUUCAAAACAAACAUAUUCAUAAGCAUUAGUUGUAAGUAAGAAGCGCUGACAAAGGCGAAAGAAGUAAGGACCAAGGAUAAAAUAUAUAAUGAACAUCGGUAGCAGCUUCCAACAAAUAUUAUAUUAUCACAAAGCACUUAAACGAUAAGCUAGUAUUAAAUUACAAAAGUCUCCCACAAAGUUCAAUACAGUUCAACUUAUUGUUAUAGUUUACUUUUACCAGCCCAAUUAACCUUCAGAAAACUUAUUAGUUCAUGCUUCGAUUUUAACUAGAAGGGUCAGCUAUAAAAAGACAACGAACCGUAAGUUUGGUAUCGCAGUUCCAUUUGCGUUUUUAUCACAGCAACAUCUAACUACAAUCUACAUCCUUUAAUAAUGGCCUACAAGUUCACCCUAGUUUGCUGCGCCCUGCUCGGAGCUUCGGCUGCCAGCUAUAUUCCUCAUUCCGACUACCAACAUGGUCAUGGUCAUGGUCACGAGGUUGGCUUCAGCAUUCAUACCCAUCAUGAGGCACCCAAGAAGUGGCACAGCCAGGAGCACGAUCAUUGGGCACCAGCCCCACAACAGCAUUACCAUGUGCCUGCUGCCCCAGUGCAUCAUUGGGCCCCUUCACCACAGCACCACCAUGUGGCCGAGGAACCCCAUCACCACCCCAAAUACCAGUUCGACUAUGGCGUCAAGGAUACCAAGACGGGCGACAUCAAGAACCAGUGGGAGACUCGUGAUGGCGACAAGGUCAAGGGUGGCUACACCAUGAAGGAGGCUGAUGGACGCACUCGUGUCGUGGAAUACACUGCCGAUGACCACAAUGGCUUCAACGCAGUCGUCAAGCACAUUGGACAUGCCCACCACGAAGAGCACAAGUCUUACGAUCAUGGCUACCACGGACAUGGACAUGGAUACGGUCAUGCCACCAGCUAUGUGGAUGUCAAGCAGGAAACCGGCAGCAAAUGGUGGUAAAAUGCUGAUAAUUGUACUAUAAAUAAUGUUUGUCGACAACUACUCAUAAUAUAUUUAAAUAAA